GACGCACUAUCAGUUCUCAUUCCUUAUCAGGAGUUUCGAAGCUUGUGCCUUACCGUCCGAACUCAAUAGAUCAAUACCCAAUCCAAUCGUCCGCCGAUUGUCAGUUGAUGACGUAAAGCGGAGGGAAGCUUGAUGAAGGAGGGGCAUGAAGGGGUGGCGUGACAAGUGAUGCAUUGAGGAAGAGUUAGUGAUGAAUUGAAGUGUGGCCAAGAUGGCGCAGGAUCGAGGCUUGAAUCAAGAGGAGCUGAGAGGAGAAGGGAGAAGCCAAGAAGACCCGGCAUACAUUGUGCCAGAAACAGCAAUGCGCCCAUAUCUCUCCUUCACCCCAAUCAAUCUUGAUCGUUCAAAAAGUUUAAAUCCAAUAUCGCCUUUAACACGAACGGUCGAUCCAUUGAGAACUUUGCGCAAUACAGAUGUCUACGACCUACCAGAUGACGCCCCGAGUCUUCCCACUCCAGGUGGUAAAAAGCGACAAGCUCCACGCUCGAAGGAUGGCCCCAUGAAGACUUUACCUAGUGCUAAGCCGCAUACAAGUGCUACUGUUGAAGAUUGUGACACUGAAAUAUUCGAGGUGGCAUCGCCGAAGAGAAGGAAAGUUCCUAUGAAAGGAGCGCAACCCGCAUUUAAGGUGCCUUCUAGAGUAAAAACAAUAUCUGCCCAUCAAGAUCUUGAGCAACUAUCCAACGAAUUAGGCGAUGGAUCUUCUGUUUCUCAAUGGAUAACACCACCUGAUACUCAUGAAAGAUCCAAGAAAAGGGCGCUUUCUGCCACAGUCACCAAGCGGAAGAAAUCUUCAGAAUUGUUUCAGAACUCACCAGUUACCAAACCAUCCUUGUCUUGCUUCACCUCAAAGUCUUCGGGAGAGCAAUCACGUUCCAUCAACCGAUUACAAGGUUUCACAACAACUGAGGAACAGAUGAAGCUUAAUUCGAAUGGAAUCGCGAACACAACUUUACAGAAAUUAGCAGCUUUUAGGUAUGUACCUCGCGAGCACAAUCCAUUGGCAAAUCAAUCGAUUGCUGCAAGCGAAGGAGAGAAUACUCUUGUUACCUCGAACGAGUAUCGAGAUGGGCAUGUUUUUGAAGACUCAAACCAUCCCUCAUCAGACUAUGGGCAUACAUCGAGUGGUUCGUUUUUCGAAGAGGCUUUGUGGAUUGCAAAACAAUGUGUCGAUACCAACGAAUCUGGCACUGUUUGUGUCAACCGACCUCAAACCCAUCCCUUUUCUGAAAACUUAUUGACCUCUGUCACGCAGCAGAAGUUAUCCCAAAUUGAGUAUUCGCCAAACCAAUCUAAUGGCCCUACCACCUUUAGUAAAGGAACACCAGAGAAUGCUCUUGACCAAGUCACCGAUAAUGACGUUGACAGGCAGCAGUCAUACCAAGUACCGCAAACAAUUGAAGGUAGUGUGAUUACUGAGCUUGGUGAUAUAACUUCCAAGUUGCCAGAAUAUAAAUUUCAUCUUCCACAAGUUAAUGAUCAAUCUCCCAACACAGGAUUCGAGCAAGAACAAGCACAAAGUUCUCAACAUUCACUGGUACUGAUGCCGACAUUAGGAGCCGAAAAUUAUCACAACGAUUCUCAGUUUGAGCGAUCGAUCAAUAGAGAACGCUUGCCAAUGAUCACAAACCCCCUCCCAGAUUGUUCCGACAGAGAUAGUUUUGACGAUGACAUUGACGACGAAGAUUUGUUGGCAUUGGUUGCAGAUUCAACUAUUUUUGAAUCUUUCUUGAGAGACCAAGUGACCCAAAGCAUUCAAAUGAAACCAUCUCCACCAUCCAUUUCAUGUAUAGCUUCUUCUUUGCCCACGAGGACGAUGCAACUACACGAUCUCGUCACUAUUUCUCAAGAAGUCACUCGCACCGCAUCUUCUCAUACUGCAUCUCCGCGUAUUGCAGUGGAUGAGGAUGACGAUUUCCCAAUGGAUGCUGAUUUGGAAGAAGAAUUGUUUCGACUGGCAGGAACAGGUCAAGUUCAGGGUGUUGUGGAAUCAUUUGAACCGCCACCAAGUUUAACCCUUCCGCGUGAUGGUGAUGACACUGACAGGGAAGUAUACGAUGAUGCUCUUCAAUUCUCUUCACCUACACCCCGAGAAGCAUUUUCUGAUGGAACAGCGCUGGCCAAACCUACUGAUGAAUCUAGUCCCUCGAAGCCACCAGCGACGCAAGAAGAUGCAGAUUGGAGGUAUAUUAGUUCGACGGCUUUUAGGUCGGCCAAAACUCCAGUCAUUCAAUCUUCCGAGGUCUUCGUCAAACCAUUGAAAAGCACACCUCUAGAAAAAUUGCCCACACUUGUUCAAUCGAUUCAAACUAACACGUCGAAAAUAUGGCUUGAUGAUAGUCAUGAAUAUCAACCCCUCGCACCAUUUGCUCGGCCAAAAUUUCCCCAAUUAGUUCAAGAUCGAUGCCCAAUCAAUGGAUUAUCGUCCCAGACCAUUCUUCGUGUUUGUUUCCGGAUUGGUGAGAUGCUUAGAGAAGGAGGUCGAUGCAAUGCUUUAGGUCAAGACGCAAUUAUCGAGCUCUUUGCCCGUGUCAAUUUCUCAUCUAGAGAACCUGGUACUUCUAAACAGCAUUUUCAAUUCGCAGACUUAUUUCAUGAUCGACCACCGUUUGCGAAGGGUAUCCUCGCGAAUUUUAAGAUGACGGGGCUGGCGGAGAGUGAAAGUAAAAUCUUCAUCGAAUCAAGCGAAUCGUUGAUGGCAAGAUGUAUGGGCAGAGUUAAGAAGGAUAUCAAAACUGGUUCUUGGUUGUUGCACAUCAUGAAUGUGAGAGUGACGGAUUGGGAAGAGAUAAGAUGGACGAAGAGAAUUGUUUGUGGAGAGUGUGAAGAAGAAGUCAAAGUAAAGGCCAUUGCCACCAUUGCUAACUUGUAAGAGGGGAUAGUCUGAUGUGGAUAUCUGAGGAUCUUGCUAUCAUUGCUAUCAUACUACUUGCUGUGUAUUGUUGUCGAUCUAGAAAAGCGCAUACUAACAUUUAAGAAGAACCAAUCAUUGCAGAUAUGGCAUUUUUACCACUGAAAUAUUUAGCUGCAUUAAUACA